UCCAGUUUUUAUGUUAAAAGACUAUAUGAAAUAAGUGUACGACGACUUUUAACAAAUAUAACUCUAUUAUUAUUGUUAUUCCUAGUAACAAGUACUUAAAAAAAAUGCCUAGACCAAAAUUGAAGGACCAGUAUUAUGACGAUGGGGAUUUUGAUUCAUCACCAAAUUCAAGUCAAUCACAAUCCUCUUCCCUUAAUGAAGAUGAUUUGGAAAUGCAGGGCUACGUAGCCGAUUGCUUAAAUUAUAUUCUAUCUGCGUCGGAAAAUUCAGCUUUAAUUAGAAGACAAAACAUUGUUAAAUAUCCCCUCAGAGGAAAAACUAGAAUAUGUGAUACUGUUUUGGCAAAGGUUAAAGACAAGUUGAAGGAGAUAUAUGGCUAUGAACUGAAACUGGUUGAUUCCGAAAAGCCUCCUUCACUGCAUCAAUAUUUUUUAUUUAAUAAAAAUGGUACUCAUUACUCUGACCUGCUAUUUAGCGAUGAGAAAAAACGUGUUUUGCUACUUCGAUAUAUGAUUUUGGUGCAUAUACACAUGUCCGGCGGAAUGUGUACAGAUGAUUCAUUACGAGAAUUUUUAACCACAUGUGGUCUUUCAAUAUAUGAUAACAAAAAUGAUUCUUUUGACAAUAUUAAAAAACAAAUUGCAGAGUUCCAAAAGCAAAAUUAUAUAGAUGUGGCUGACCAAAUUGAUAACAGGACUUAUUAUAGUAUUGGAUAUCGAGGAGCAUGUGAAUAUAACAAAGAGGAUUUGGAGAAAGGGUAUUUAAAUUUUGUGGAGAAUGAAGAUAAUCAAGAAAAAGGAACUGAUGGUGCCACUGAUAAAGUGGAAGAAGAAGAUGAACAAACGAAAAUAUAGAUUCAAAUAUAAAUUCAAAAAAAAAAAAAAAAAAAAUAGAUAUAUACAUCUUUAU